GAUUUUGAUGAUUUAUCAGAAACAGAUGUAAGCAAUGAAGAUCAGUUCCAUGAUGUCAAGUCUGAACUUAUGGAGGAUGAACUUAAAUCCAGGUUAUUUCAGCUUGCUGCUAAAAUGAGUGACAAGGAAACAUCAUCUGGUGAAGAACAAGAGUCAGAACCUGGAAUAGAUCCAGAAAACCAGAAGGAGAAUUUGUCCUCAGAGGAAAAUGGCAGAAGUAUUGAGGAAGAAUUAAAGAAGAAGUACUCUGCUGUCUCUCUCUGCAACAUAUCUACAGAAGUCCUGAAAGUCAUCAAUGCCACUGAAGAACUGAUAGCAGAAUCCACUGAUCCCUGUGAUUUCCCAGAUGACAUUCAGGACAGAGGAAGAGAAACCCUCCCACUGGGCACAGAUCCUGUCAGACUCGAUGAGCAGCUCACCACACUGGAAGAAAACGUGUACCUGACAGCCAGCACGGUGUAUGGGCUGGAGGGGCAGCUCUCCAACCUGGAAGACGCCGCACGCAAAAUCAACAGCGUCACUGAGGAGUCUGAGCUGGCCGAUCUGGAGGAUCAGGUGGCCACUGCAGCUGCCCAGGUUCACCAUGCAGAGCUUCAGAUUUCAGAUAUUGAGAGCAGAAUAUCAGCUCUCACUGUUGCAGGCUUGAACGUGGCUCCCUGUGUUCGCCUGACAAGGAAACGGGAUCAAAAGCAAACAAACCAGAUGCAUACAAUAGACACAUCAAGACAGCAGAGGAGAAAACUUCCAGCUCCACCAGUAAAAGGUGAAAAAAUAGAUGGUUCUCCAGUUACCACUGUCAGAACAUUUAACAGAAACUUCAUGCUUCAAGGAUCUCUAACACAAAGAACUAAAGAAAGGAAAAGCACUGCCAAGGACUUAAUGGAACCUGCUAUAGGAUCUGCUGUGAUGUACUAAACUUACACUUCCCUACUGCCAAUAACACACUGCCUAAGGCUGUACACUAGAGUGCCUUUUCUUAACAGCCAUUGUGUAUGUCCAGCUGAAAAUGGACCCUCAAGAACCCACAGAGCCUCAKAUAUAGGGCUUCAUUUGGAUACCUCACUGAGAAAGCUGUCCAAGUCUUCAGCAUUGUGGUCUGCUCCAGGAAACUCUGCCUUAAAGCUCUCAGAGGACUCUAGACAGGAUGCUGAGUUUCAAAAGCAAGGCUCCACAUUUUAAGAUGCACUUUUUCUCCCUAUCGAUUGUACUAAAGUAUGUCGUCUUUAAACUGCAGUAUGUUUUUGUACACUCAGUCAUAAUUAUAGGCCAAUUAAUCUGCCAAAGCAGACCUGUGAUCCAUAUUUGCUGGCCUCUUACUAUUCAUGUGGGCAUCUGUCUUGUCGAGCAAUAAGAACAACUCUGUGCAGUGUGUGCUGCUUUUCAGCUGCUUGGAGGGAGAGGAGAAUCUGUGGGCCUCACCCUGCUCCCAGAGAGUCAGUGGAAGUCUUGGAGGGUUGGUAGGAGGAGGAAGACUUCUCUGUUCACRGAGAGUACAUUUCACAGGUUGAUUGUUCCAGCUCCAGAGCUAGGGAUGUUGCUCCAGGCAGCAGGGGUGUCAUCCUGAACCAGRAACCAGUGGCCACACAUGUGGACCAGGUGUCUGCGGUGUUAUGAUCCCAGCAUCUGGAAACAUCUAAACACUGUUAAAGAAACCAGCACCUUUGUAUGGCUCGUUCUUCUUGGCAGCAUUGUCCACUUGGUGGUGGCCAGCCAUGCUGUAGUUCAGAAUAAAUUCUGUCCAAAMCUUUAGAUUGGAAAAAGGAAGUAAAAGCAUUGGGGAUGAGAUCUCUGUUGACUGACUGGAGGUUGUAGGGUGGCUGCAGYUUGAAAGAGAUUCCUUUCUGAUGUUCACUGGUGUUUCUGAGAAGGAGGCAAAUGUCGCCCAGACAUUAGUUCCUAUAGUGGUCUUUAGCCACCAGGGGAGUAUCUGGGGCCUGUUGCUGGUGCCACAUGCACCCCGCUACCCUUGGACAACUCUGAAUUGAAUUGUGAAUAGUAAUAUUCCUUCUUUCAUUUCUUGAGACYUUUAACAGGUGAGUCAAACUAGAAGGCCCUUUGGCAGAUGCCCAGGAGGGAGGAUGCUGCUUACAGGGUGUCCCUCUCACCCUUUUGUGGGAGAACAUUGCUAAUUUGUGGUAUUUUGUGCUCUGAAGAAUACAAAGGAGGUAGUCAGAGGAGGUGAUGAGCCAGUGAAUCCCUUACCUUCCAUAGCAGUUGCAGAGCAGGUACCCAAGUGCAGAUAGGGUUGAUGUGAAAUGUGCUAUGAAGGAAGGCAUGGGCUGGCGAGUUCCCCCCAGCAUUAAGGAGCGGGGAGCUCUCCCAAGGGCUGUGGGUACCAGGAAGGAGGAGAGUUCCUUCUUUCCCUGAGCUCCCAAAAAACACCCACGAGCAGAGUGGUACACGUUACCUGCCAUGCAGCAGGAAAGCAGUUCCCUAGGACACCAGGCCAUGAAAUGUCUGUGGUUGGGCAAAUACAAGCAAAACUGGGAAAAUUUCCUGACUAGGCUGGAUUUAGGGGGGCAAGUGGGGAAGACAAGGAAUGGCUGGAUAGGUUGAUUGGAAAAAACAGUGCUAGCUGCAAAAUCUGCCACCCACAUUUGACAUCAAGCUUGUCAGUACUCUGCAUGUGAGGAACCCUUGGAAUAAAUACAAYCAUCUUCCCACUCASAAUACAUGUCACUCCAUCCCUUCAWGGAAUUUCCAUCUGCCCAAGAUCUGACCCAAUGUGUUCAUUCUGGGUGAAAUUAGGCCUUCUUUUACUCUCACACAAUACUAGUUCUCUGAAAUUGGUUUGCACAGAUGUGAGGGAAGAAUUUGGCCCACUCUGUUUAAUAUAUAAAUAUAUAUAUAAAAUAAAUAGAUUUUAUUUAUAUAUGCAAUCCAGUAAAGGAGAUUAAACAGAGUAGGAUGCCUUGUAAUUUUUUUUGUUAAUUCAAUCUCCUCCUCCAUUGACUGUUCUCGUGUAUGUAUACAAUACAUUCCCAGGUUCUGGUUUUAUGCAGGUAUGCGUGUUAUGAAAYGUCAUUAAUGGUGGUUGGUCUGCAUAUUCGUCUAAUAAAUAAUAACUAAUAUUGUGUAUGUAAUAUCAAUACAGAAAUGACUAAUUUUAAUAGAAUAACUCUUUGGCUUCUGUUCUGUUAGUGUGAUUUAAACAAGCCAACGAAGUUUGGAGUAGGUUGUUUUCCUUAAGAGGCAUGAAAAGCAACUAUAAUCGUGUUACAAUGUUAAAAUAUUCAGUCUUCUUUGACAGAAAAAUGUGUACUGUGUAGGCAUUGCAAAAAAAAAAAAAAAAAAAAAAAAAAAAAACCUUAAAAAAAAAUCUCACCUGCUCUAAGGCAUUUGAAUUUUUACAAAUGUUUAUUGUGCCAAAUACGUGCAAAGAUAUAAUUUACUGUUUUAAAAAAAAUCAUAAAAGCAUAUGUUAUAGCACACAAAGAAUUAUUUUGUCAUCAAGUGAUUUCAAUCUUUAGUGUUAAUAUUUAUAUUUAGAUUAAUUUUUAUAAAUGAAAAUAUUUUAAUGGGUAAAAUGAAGACUAUAUGACCUAUUUGAUUAAGUCUGAGUGAAUAUUAAGCUUGCCUUGUUGUUGUUAUCUGCAUACUCACCAAGAAUUAUUGUCAGGAGAAAUUAUAAAAGAGUAAAAGCGAUUUAUGAAAAGAAUGCCUUUUCAACGACUUGAUUCAUAAAGAAAACCAAAAAGUUCUUCUCUGUUGUUUGGAUUUAUGUGCACUUUGGUCUGGAAGUGUGCAGCACCCACAGCCACACACGGUGCUCAGGCACUGCCUGUCCACAAGUGACGUUGUCACACCCAGGACACGGGCAGCUCCACAGAGGUGCUGGGAAUGGGGAAAGGGGACAUGCUCAGUUCACAUCUYCUCCUCCUCUAG